AUGUUUGCUUUCCUUAACAGAUUGACCUCCAGCACUUCUGCUUCUGACAACAAGUCUGCGGAGACAAAGGCUUAUUGCAGUGACUUACCUACCAAGAUCCAUCUUUCUUCCAUCAUUGAUAUACCACUACUGUCCGCAAACACCAGAGGAUUAAUAAGUGGUAGCUAUACCACUAAACCGGGAUCAAGUGCUAUGAGCGCAGUCGCUGUGGCUGUUAGCGAUAUCGACGAAUUCAAGUGCAUUGCCACUAAAUUAGAUGGAGAUACACAAGUGGGACAAUCGGAGACCACCAUACCUGUAUAUAUACGGACCCGUCGAUGGACUGAGACACCCCUUCAAUUAGCUGGGCAACCAAAGACCAGAACCGACGAAGACCAUAACUCUUCUGUGACCUACAACUGUUCGUACAAUUGGGGUGAGAAAGAGGACCCGAAGGGGUUUGGUCAGACCGAACGUAGAUCCUUAGAGGAGCUUGCGGCAAGUAGUGAUGAGAUGGAACGAAUCGUAGCUGAAAGAAUCAAGAGUCAAUUAGAGAAUGGGAAUAUUCCUGAGACCCAUGCUGCUGUAAUUGACUCGAUCCUCUCCAAGGUAGAUAUGAAAGGUUGA